AUGGUUUUGAGAGACUAUUUUACGAAAUUAAGCUCUGAAGUAGUUGGAGAGAGAAUCAAUGCGGCUACGUCUUUAAUUAAGGAACUUAAUGCUGAGGAUAGCGAAGAAGAAUGGGAUUAUGCAUUGCUGAGAUUGACCAAGGGAUUGAUUACAACUAAACAAUCUGCUAAAAUCGGGUUUAGCAUGGCACUCACUGAAGUUGUUAACCAGCUAAUUAUUCUGGGUAGGCUAUCUGUUGAUGAGUAUUUGAAUAAACUUGAUGAUGCCACUACUAUCAAGAGCAGUAAUUUAAAGGGUAAAGAAGAAAGAGCCAUAUUGUUUGGACAUUUGUUUGGCUUGCAAGUAUUACUCAAUAGCAAAAUUAUUUUCAAGAGUUGCGAAAACGAGCUUAGAAGGUUUGUUUUGGACUUGUUGAAAUUAGCCGAUACGAAAUCUUGGAUAAGGGAAGUUGCCACGGCAAGUUUAAUUCAAGUGAUAAAGAAUGUAAAUACUGAGUAUAAAGAUGUAUUAUGUCUAAUGAUUUUGCAGGGCAUCAAUGACCUGGGGUUGAAUCUAUCUACUGAAGGGCUUGCUAUAUACCUAAGCAUCAAUAGAUCAAAGAGAGCUGAGUUGGCUGCUAGUAUCAAAAAUCAAAAAACAAACUGGAAGCAUGGAGAUCCAAUGCUAAAAGGAAACUUACCUCUACUAGCCAAGGUUUUGAAGGAUGUAGAAGUUGUUGAUGGAUCUGAUAACGAAGAUGAUUCUAAGCAAAAAAGCAGCUGGAGUUCAAGAUUACCAUUUGUUUGGGACUCACUAGUUGAGAAUUUCACUGAAAAAGACGGCGAUCAUGACGAAGAAGAUGAGGAAGAUGAGGAAGAUGAGGAUUAUGAGGUAGAACAACUGGCGUCAAACUUGAGGAAGAGAAAGAAAAUAGCUAAAACAAAGACUAACAACAAAACCAAAACCCCCGAAUCUUCUUCUUUUUCAUCAUCAUCCAUUAAUUUGAAAGAAUUCUAUAAAGUUGUUGUUGAUGAAUCUUUGUUUGCUGAAAAAUCAUCACAUGAGCGUAAAUACUGGGGGUUUGAAGUGUUUAUGAAGUUUCUAGUGUUGGUUGACAAUGUUGAGCAUUUGUUUACUCGAAAUUUCAUGAGGUGUUUAAUUAACCAGGCUUCUCAUAAAUCAAGAUAUUUGCACGAUAUAGCGAAGAAGACAUUGGAUUAUAUUGUUUGCGCUUGUGUUGAAAAAGAAGUAGACUCGGCUACUGUGCUAAAAUGCUUAUUAGAUGAAUCACAAGGAGGCUGUUGGAAUUUUGAUUUGGUUAGUAAAUCGCAUACUGUGGAUAGGAUUUUGGCCAUAGGGAAUCAUCAAUUUGUAAAUGUACUUGUUGAUAAGUUUAACGAUGCAUUAAAAAGUCAGACUAUAAAUGAAGAAGAUGAUGGUAAAAACUCGAAUGAUAAUGUGCUUAAAUGGUGUCUUGAGAAGAUGGCAUAUUUGAUCAAGCACAAUAGAACCUUGUCCAAUUUGGAGAGCAUCUUCAAAUUACUAGUUGAGAUUAGCUUUUUCCAAUCUCCCGUAUCAUUGAAUGUAAGGAAAUUUUCUCAAGAAAAGUUGAACACGAUUCUAGCAGAGGUUAUAUCAAGACAACACGAUGGAGAACCAUGGUCCUUUUUCUGCUAUGAACAAAUUAUCGAGUUGGAAAAGUGCCUGCAAAACAAAUGUCUAGUAGAGUUGGAUGACGAGUUGAAACAUAUUAAGAAAGAAACGAUUACAAUCAUUCAAACUAUACGCGAUUUUCAAAAGGAAAGUACAUCAAUUUCGGAGACGUUGAAUAUUUUUCAACUUUUAUUUUCAAUGUGUUUUAUCCAGUUGUAUUUGGAAGAUGAAGAGAUUGCACAGAUUAUAAAUGAGUUGAAGUUAGUUUUUGAGAAACAGUUUGUUGAGCCUGGUUCCCAAGAGGAUGUUGAUGUUGAUCCAUCUGUUGUCAUGACGGAAAUUAUAUUGAGUUUUAUUUCUAGAAAAAGCAAUUUGUUAAAAAAGUUAUCAACGAUAGUUUGGGAACACUAUUUGUGUGAAUGCGGAAGUGAUGGUGUACUAAGGAUUAAUGAUGAUUGUUUUCAAUUAUUGUUUGAUGUACUAGUUGCAAAAGAAAAUAAAGAAGGGCAGAAGCAUUUGUUUGAGGGGGAGGAGGAAGGCAUGGUGAUAGUAGGAGAUGAAGAGGAAAAUAGCAACGACGAUGAGAACGAUGAGAAUGAUAAGGGUGAUGACGAUGGUGAUGACGAUGACGACGACGAUGACGACGACGACGACGACGAUGAUGAUGAUGAUGAUAAUGACGAUGAGGAAACUAUGGCAAACAACACAAUGACAGAUCUUGACAAAGAAACCAAUCUUAAAUUAGCAAAAGCAUUAGGUAUACCCACAGCCGAAACUGGUGAAGUCAAAUUUGAUGAACUUUCCGAUCUAAAUUCGUCAAAUGAUGGGUAUGAGAGUGAUUCAAUGGAUGAUGAGCAAAUGAUGGCUAUGGAUGAUCAAUUGUCCAAGAUAUUCAAAGAAAGGCAAGAUAUCCUUAACAAUGUUAAUUCAGGAAACAAACGUAAAAUGGAAGUUCUAGAAGCCAAAGAGAAUAUGGUUUUUUUCAAAAAUCGGGUUCUUGAUCUUUUAGAAGUUUUCACCAAGAAGCAUUCAAGCUCAGCAUACAAUUUGAAGACUAUUGAGCCUAUUAUCACGUUAAUCAACCUCACAAUGGAUAAAAAUCUUGGAAUUAAGGCACACAAGUAUUUAAAAACGAGGAUUAGCAAGACAAAAUUAAACAAAGAAGAUGUAGAAAUACCAGCUACAUCGAGAUCCUUGCUAGACCUAAUGGCAAAACUACAAAACCAAGCAAGAACAACAAAGUUUUCUAACCAAUCAGUCGCAUCAGCUUAUAAUCAAAGUUGUAUUAUCCUUGCUAAAAACUUGGUGAAUUUGGAUCCAGAAAACUUGGAAAAAGUCGUCGACAUAUAUGGCAAGUCUCUAAAGUACUGGACUUUAGACCCAAAUACGCGACUCCAACCUUCAUUAUUCUUUGAUUUCAUCAACUGGAUCGCCAGUUCUUCUGACAGUUCUAGUAGUGGUACUAGAAGAAAGGUUUCUUCUGACAGUGCUGCUAGAACAGAGGGUUCUUCUGCUGGCCCUGCCAUUGCCUGCGGCACUGACAGUGCUACUAGUGGUACUAAAACAGAGAGUUCUUCUGACAGUGCUACUAGUGGUACUAAAACAGAGGGUUCUUCUGACAGUGCUGCUAGUGCUACUAGAACAGAGGGUUCUUUUGCUGGCCCUGCCAUUGCCUGCGGCACUGACAGUGCUGCUAGAACAGAGGGUUCUUCUGACAGUGCUGCUAGAACAGAGGGUUCUUCUGACAGUGCUGCUAGAACAGAGGGUUCUUCUGACAGUGCUGCUGGAACAGAGGGUUCUUCUGACAGUAGUGCUGCUAGAACAGAGGGUUCUUUUGCUGGCCCUGCCAUUGCCUGCGGCACUGACAGUGCUGCUAGAACAGAGGGUUCUUCUGACAGUGCUGCUAGAACAGAGGGUUCUUCUGACAGUGCUGCUGGAACAGAGGGUUCUUCUGACAGUAGUGCUGCUAGAAGAGAGGGUUCUUCUGCUGGCCCUGCCAUUGCCUGCGGCACUGACAAUGCUACUAGAACAGAGGGUUCUUCUGACAGUGCUGCUGGAACAGAGGGUUCUUCUGACAGUAGUGCUGCUAGAAGAGAGGGUUCUUCUGCUGGCCCUGCCAUUGCCUGCGGCACUGACAAUGCUACUAGAACAGAGGGUUCUUCUGACAGUGCUGCUGGAACAGAGGGUUCUUCUGACAGUAGUGCUGCUAGAACAGAGGGUUCUUUUGCUGGCCCUGCCAUUGCCUGCGGCACUGACAGUGCUGCUAGAACAGAGGGUUCUUCUGACAGUGCUGCUAGAACAGAGGGUUCUUCUGACAGUGCUACAGAGCUGCUAUUCUAUCUUAUUACGUUCACACAGUUCACCAUGUCAGCUAAACAAGCCGGAGUUUCGUUACUCAAGUCUAUGGCCAUUUCCGCGCAAACUUUGAGAAAUGCAUUAAAACCAGAGUUUAGAGCUGCAGCUGAAAGUAGAGGUGUUACCGAUGUUAAAGUUAUUAAAAUUGUUGAUGGAAAACAAAGUGAACCAAAAGAAUUGAAACCAAUUGACUUAUAG